AUGAAUCCACAGCAGCUCAUCGACUCCUCGACAUGGCCGCCGUUGCCACAUUCUGUCGAGGAAUCGGGACUAGAAUCCAUAUUACCGACUGCUGAGCAAGAUCAUUGGCAACCGAAUGAUCCAGCCUUCGAUCCAAAUGCCUUUAAUGACUUCUAUCUUCAUCCCUCAGACCCCAGUGAUCUGGAGUGGGCACAGUGGAUAAGUCAUGAGUCACCAAUAUCAGAUCGGCAAUUUGAGCAUCAAGAUCACGGUGAACCACGACUCUCGGGUGGUCUAACCGACGGCGUUUCACCUCUGCCAGCAAAUUGGACCGGACAGUUCUUACCGCAGCAAAAUUUGAACAAUGUCUCACAGUGGCUAGAUGGAGCAUACCGUCCCGCCGUCCCAUGCAGUCAUUGUCGCAGACACAAACUGCAAUGUUUAAUUAUCCGGACCACGGAAGCGAACCCGAAUCCAAAGACCUCAUGUUCAAGCUGUGUUGCUUUGUUCCGAGAAUGCAGUCUCGCCAAAGGGGAGAAACGCUUCCCAGCUGGGUUUGAAACCAUGACCCCGGUUCUAGGACAUUUGCACGGCGUGCCAGAAGAUGGAAAUAUAUCGUCCGCCAUCCAUCUCAACAAAACAGAUGGAGGCGAUCGGAGAGAACCAAAGCAAUUCAUCCGAAAAGGAGCCCGAGUCCUCCGAGAAUGGUUCUACCAAAACCAGGAACAUCCCUACCCAACCGACGCACAAAAGAACCAACUGUCCACAGACACAGGCUUCUCUCAAAAACGAAUCUCAACCUGGUUCGCAAACGCCCGUCGUCGCCAAAAGCAGAAAAUUCAAUCAUCAGGGCUAGCCUCGCGUUCUCGUACCCGCGCAGGCUCUCCAAUGAUAACCAGCACAUUACCCGCCAUGACGCCCAUGGAACGAUGGCAAGCAUCACCACCAGAAGACGAGCCCGUCCCUGAAGCAGCAAUUCAGAACGCCAUCGCCUCUGGCUCCGAUUUGAUAGAAUCAGAUGGUACAAUCGAUCCAUUCAAACUUGACAGCUCCGCCAUGGAUUUCCUGAAUUUCGACGAAAGCUCUUCACACCUUGCAUCUUCCGUUUCCAGCAUCGGGAGCAGAGCAUCAGAGACGUCUGACAGUGGCUCUUCAGCGUGGAGCUAUCAUUCCUCCGGUGAUACAGGAUUGCCAUUCCCCCUCCUCCCGAAACAAAGUAAACCAAGACGCAUCAAAGAACGGUCACAGGGCGCUUCGGAAAACAAUAUCUACCAGUGCACAUUCUGCAUACGAUCUUUCAAGAAGAAGCAUGACUGGACUCGCCAUGAGAAGAGCGUUCAUCUGACUCUUGAUGCUUGGAUUUGUACACCAAACCUCAACGACCUCCAACAAUCAUUCGAUCUCAAUCCCUCUGAAUGCCCAGUCUGCGAUGUCGUAUAUCCCUUGCCGGCCCAUAUGGAAGAACAUGAAUUCCACAUUUGUACCGAAAAACCCGUGGCUGAACGAUUGUUCAGCCGGAAGGAUUAUCUGUGGCAGCAUCUUCGCAAGUUUCACAGUUGUACGAAAAUGCCCGUUUCUAAUCUUGAUGUCUGGAGCGGUUCAGGCGGCAAUGUCGAGAGUAGCUGUGGUUUCUGUGGAUGUCGGCUUUCGAGCUGGACGGCGAGAGCUGAUCAUCUGGCUGAGCACUUUAAGAAUCGUUCGAGGAUGUUUCAGUGGGAAGGGGAAUGGGGACUGGAUUCAAUGGCUAUGGGUGUCUUGCGGAAUGCAAUACUGCCUUCUGAGCGUGCGCUGAACUCGCCUACUUAA